CGUACGCGAGCGGACGUCACCGCGUCACAGCAAUUAAAUUAAGUUUUGUUAUUGAGUUUUGUUUUACGACAACAAUAUAUGACGUUUGUGUGAUAGUGUUGUGGUUUUUAUUGUUAUUGCAAUAAAAGUGAUAAUCGUGUGAAUUAACGGCUGUAUGUCGACCUUGACGCAGCCCGACGUCGAUAGCGAAUCCGGAUCAACGAAACCACGUCGACCGGACCGGGCCGUGUACGUUCCGAGAGCUUUGCGUGCCAACGAAAGCGCAGAGGAAAAUCGAACCGAGAGUAAGAAGACAACUCCCGAUGGGAAGUGUCCGAAAUCACCGGCGUCCAAAGAUAAAUCUGCUCAAGGCACACCAAAAAGAUCUCAAGGCAAGCAAUUCUGCAACGUGUACACUCCACCACACCUGAGGAACCAGUCAACGGUGAGUCCCGGAGCAGUCAGUCCGCCGGUCGAGGAGAAACAUGAGCCUGCAGUGCCAAAUAGUGAUAGUGCAAUAUCGAUUAGUGAUAAUAGUUAUAACGAAGUAGAGGAGGCAGAGAAUUUCUAUAUAGGUGAUUAUUUUGCGAACGGACAAUUAGGAUUUUAUCGGCCGAGCUACUACGAGUACGAGAGUAAUAAUUACGACGACAGUUGGAAAUCGAAUGAGUCUAACGAACUGAAUAUGGCGGAGCAAGAAACUCAGAGCAAUAUUAUUGAUAACAAUGAUUAUUUAUAUAAGAAAGACGAGGACGUCGAGGCGAAGGAGUUGAAGCGGGCCUCGCAGGAGAUAAAUAGAAGCAGUAAGAGAAUCAUCAAACAGAGCUUCGACUCUGACGUGCUAGUUAUAUCAGAUCCGAUAGAGGAGGCGCCCAGUCCGAAGGAAGUCAGCGAGAACAGAACCGAGUCAGCGCCGCUGGUGGAGGACAAGGAACAGAGUAUAAAGAAAACGAAACCAAAACUAGAGCCCAAGGUCUCCUUGAAACGGGAGGAGAAUGACUGGGACGCAGUUUUCGACGACAGCGGAGAAUGCUUAGACCCCUCCUUGCUGGAAGAGUUAACGUCGACGGUCGGCAAGGUGCACAUUAGCAAAGCGAAGAACAGCUACGACGAGUACCAAACGAGGGGUCAAGCGUUGUUCAACGGGCCCUACGACGAGACCUUCGGCCACGUGGUCGAAGUCUACGACUUUCCCAGCGAGUUCAAGACGAAUGAUAUUUUUUCGUUGUUCAGUGAAUACAAGGACACUGGUUUCGAGAUUAAGUGGGUGGACGAUACGCACGCACUGAUCGUGUUCAGCAGCGCCAAAAUUGCUGCGGAGGUGCUAUCGACGCAGAGGUCGCUGGCGAAGUGUCGACCGCUCCACGCCGCCACGCUCGAGUCGCGCAACAAGGCGAAGAAGUGCGCCGAGUUCCUGCAACCGUACAGGCAGCGGCCCGAGACGUGCACGGCGCUGGCGCGGCGGCUGGUGUCGGGCGCGCUGGGCGUGCGGCUCAGCACGGCGCGCCAGGAGCGCGCGGAGGAGCGCCGCCUCAUCUCGCGCGCGCGCGAGAAGAAGCGUCUGUCGGCGCUGCACAAGCAGGAGGCGUGGGACGGCUCGCUCGCCAACAGCGCGCUCGACGCGUAGCCCCCCUACACCCCCCCCCCACAGUCAGACGUUGUGCAGGAGAAUGCCGAGUCAGCGUGCCGGAGCGCCGAGAGCUCGUUUAUUAAUUAAGAAUAAGAAACUCUCAAAUAUAUGUAUAUUAUACGUAAAGUUAAAUAAUUUGUAACGAUAGAUAUUUUUUAAAAAACGAAUAAAUUAGUUAAAUCGAGUGAGUGUGACGCAGCGGUCGCGGCCGGCUCUGCCAACACGUGUCGCCGUCCCGCUCUCGCGUGCCGUACACUACGUCAUAGUCAAAUAUGUGACGUCACAACGGACCGGGCCUGCAUCGUCUUAGAUUCAAUAUUAAAGUAUAAUCGUUUACUCUAAUCUGCAAUGAGUGCCGAUCGAAGUCAAAUUUUACAUUAAAUUGAAUGAUCAUUGGUUGGUUGCAGACGUUGACGUACCAGGCGACCAAUGAGCGUUCAGUUUGCGCAUAAUUUUUAUUGAAAUUAUAUAAUAUUUACAAUACCAACGACCUUGAUACGAGGACGACGCCGGUUUGAUCCGAAUCUGUGUGUACGACAUCUGCUCAUUAUAAUAAUUUUUAACCUAAAGCGAGACAGGCGACACGUAGUCCUGACGGCAGAGACGGUCCCGUGAAUGUAAUGUUAGUUCUAUUGUGUCGUUAUACUUCGUGUUGCGUUCUACUUGUACCGAUAGAUGGCGCUGUCUCUAUACUAGCUUAAAUAUAUAUUACUAACAUAUUGAAUUUUAAAGUAAUUGUGUUUUUAUUAAUAGCGCCAUCUAUCGGUGAUCGUUUGGAGGCUCAAACUAAAAUGUAUUUAAUUCCACAUAGCGUGACGAUAUUGCUAAGUAAACGAAGUGAUUUAAAAUAAUUUAAGCAAAUAUUCGAUUGAAUAUAUUACUUAUCAAACGAAAUAAAAACGACUUUUAUGUUUUCUCUCUUUUGUAUAAUCUGCAGUGACUUGGAAAUAAAUUGUGUUUGUUGUUGAGAAAAUGUUUAUUAAAAAAGAUAAAUGCUUUAUACAAGAUGUAUGGAAUAAUUGAUAGCAGUUGUUUUCAAAGUGUAUCAACGUUUCAUUUACUCCUCAUUCGGUUCGGUUCAAGGUGUUCGGUUGUUCUGUCGAGAAAUCUUCGAUACCAGGCUGGUGUUUGGGAGUUGUCCGAGCCACACCCUCGCGGGAACUGUCUCCGCAGACCGCACGAGUGUCAACUUGCACAAGCGCGCCUGCAUUUUAAUGCGUUUGUUAUUAAGCGUAGUUAAAAUUUCAUCAUCGGUUACAUUAGUUUUUAUCGUUUUAAAACAAGCUUGUGAUCUCUAAAGGAUAUUAUUUUAUAUUGUAAAAGUGACGUUUUUAUUUACUUUAUUAUAUAUAUAAUAAUGACUAAGCGAAUUUUGUAGAUAAGCUCUUUACUGAGCCAACGCAAUUAUAUUUAAAACCUAUUUGUUGUCACUAAUUUUAGGAUAAUUUUCAUUCAUCGAAGCUUUGUUGUGUAAGUUGUGACUACAUUAAGUAAAGAAAGAGACAAAAAGCAGUUGAAUAGAGUGAGAGAUGAGAGCUCUGCUUUUAUGCCGCAAGAAAUUUUUCAGAUAUUAAAAUAUUCGAUUGAAUUUAUCUUUUCAAAUAUUAACGUAUCGUUUCACUCGCUCGUUAAAUGAUGGUGUUAGUGAUUAUAUCAUUAUCAUCACUGAUAAAUUAAGAAAAAACUGUUUGCAGUUUAUCCUCUAACUUGUAAUGUCCUUUUAACGGGCGAUCUCGCUGUAAGGGACAUUCUGAUAUGUUUUAUACAUAAACUUUAUAAUUAUUUUAUAUUAGUAUUUUAAUACCAAAUAUUAGCGAACGAUAGUAAUGUGUUAUGUUAGGUUAUCGCUCACUGCGCGUUCGUGAGUCUGGACUCUAGUCGCGAGCCACGCUGUACUAAGGAAACGAAAAACAACAAAGAAAUUAAGUAUUUUCUCGCGUCCGCUUAUGUUCACUGUAUCUAUGAGGAACAUGUUAUAUAUAUUUGACGGGACAUGACCAAAAUCAUUGACAGUUUCGUUUGAAACGUUUAUAAUAUUAAUAAUAGUAAUAAUAACUUUAUUGUAAUAGUUAUAUACAUACAUACAAAGAUGGCGACAUGAACUAUGACCCGUGUCUCAGGACCUUGCAGCAGACCUUCGUGUACAAUUUGUAAACAAUAUAUAUUAAAUAUAAGCUGCGUCGUCAGUGUAACUGUUCGUCGUAAACGCGUUGAGACAUUCGGUAUAAGUGUCAACUCGUUGAACUCGAUCGUGUGAUGUCGGAAAGUGAAGUGUGACAUUGAUAUAUACUACUAGCUGCCCGUGUCGACUUCGUACGGGCAAAAGAAUUGUUAUAGAUUGGAGUCCACGCCGCGAAGGAAUUACUGUUAAAUUUCACGUCAAUCUGACGUAUAGUUUCGGAGAUCUCGUGAUGGAGUCAGUUAUAUAUGUAGAAGGUAAUGUUUGAAGAUUAUUUAUACGCGUUUAUAGUGUAUAACCUCGAGUCGGUUUUCGACAUUUCACGAUCGCGUUGUUACGUGUCGAAAUUUAUUCUUAACAUUUUUUAUCGGAUGUGGCGAAUAGUUGAUUCUAUAUUAUUAACGGCCGAACUUAUAAACGUUGUUUAGUCGGUAAACAAUGCUCUGUCUUCUUCAUUUAUAUGUCAAAUCAAUAAUGUCAGAAAGAGAUUCAGAUAUUCUACCGCAAAACAGCAGUACUCGGUAUUGGUUUGAAGGGUGAGUGAGCCAGUGUAUUUACAGGCACAAGAGACAAAAUCUUAAUUUCCAAGGUUGGUGGCGCAUUGGCGAUGGUUAACAUUUCUUACAAUGCCAAUGUCUAUGGGUGUGGUGACCACUUACCAUCAGGUGCCCCAUAUGCUCGUCUGCCUACCUAUACUAUAAAAAAAGGAAGAAAAGAGAGAGUGCAACGUUUAUUAGUAAGUCCGUUAGUGUUUAAGACGAAAUGUCGUCUCUUGUCGAUCCUGUCGUCUCCAUUUUGCUUACAUUUUGUACAUUAGAUUUAUAUAUAUUAUUGAUAAAUAGGUAAUGAACUCGUCACAAAACCGCAUUCAAUAAACGUUUGUUACUUAUAGAUUAUUGUCUCUAACUAAUUAAUGUUAAAAAAAAAUAGAAAAUGAAAAAAUAUAUUUUUUCUCAAUUAUUAGUAAAUACUAAAUUCAAGGGACUAGUUGUUCUUCUUGAAUGUCAUGUUUUUCUAAUUGUUUUGGAAUUCUCAAACUCGAUCUUAUUAACAUUAAAAUAUAUGACGAAAAAAAAGAUAUUUAUGUGAGCAUUCAUCGAAUAUCUGUAAUAAUGUUCGUUCGUCUUUAACUCUCCCUCCGACGUCGGUCAAUUCAGACUAAUUUCGUAUUCUCAUGAGAUUUUAUUAAAACUUAAAUUCAAAAUUAUUUAAUUACAAACGGCGUAGUAUUAAAAUAUCGAUAGUCUUUACAAUUUUAAAUAAAAAUAUCCUUAUCGACAUUAGAUGGUAAGCAGUAAUGAAGAUAAUAAACGCGUUUAACGAUAUCGCGUCUGAUGUAAAGUUGGGCCGUGUUUGUCUGCUCUUAUGUCUGGAUAUUUUGAAAAAUUUUACAGUACAUUAGUCGGUAACACAAUCACGGUGCCGUAAAAUUUAUUCGAAACUCGAAACACACUUCAGAAAACGGUCGUGAGAUGUCGGAAAGUGAUAUGCGACAUUGACCAUUAUAAUUAUAAAAUCGAGUUUCUUCUUACAGAAGGCCUACUGGUGUCGCCUUUUUAAUUCUAUAAAUCAAUAAAGUUGUUGAUCGGCUCGCCAUCGUUAGACAAAGUUAAAACUAAACGAAUUUAAUUCAAUAAAAUAUAUCAUUGUCGGCUUGUAAUAUCAGUUUAUUUUUUUAUAUUUUCAAAAAUAACACCAACCCUAACUGUGUACUUAAAGCAAGUACGUACGACGGUUUGAGAACCGCACGUGUGAUUGACAAGCGACGUGUCUGUCAGGGAUGUAGCGAUACUAUCGAUAUCGAAAUUUAAUAACCGUAUUAUCGAUAUAUCACAAACUCAACUAUACAUACCGUGAGACUCGUGAGUUAAAUAUAACAUCGAAUCGAUUAUAACGCGUAAUUGCAACUUAUUAAAGCAUUUACACAAUCGUUUAAUAAUGUAAUACGUUAUUAAUGAUUAAAAAUGUUAAAUUAAUGUUAGUUUGACCGUCCAUAAUUAUUUAGAUUGGAUAUAAUUUAUUAUUAACAUGUAACGAAUUGUUUUUGAUUUGUCGAUAUGUAACGCAAUAGGUACGCUAUUUUUGCUGAUCAUUUUAAACAAUUAAUGACGUCCGAUUUUAUUCCCCUAUCGUCCCAAUUAAAAAAAAAAAAUAUUCAUCCGCUUCAAUUAUUAUUUUUUAUGUCACAAUAGAUAUUCGAUAGGUAUAUUAAAAUAACACGAUAAAGUCAUAUUUUAUAAGCAUUAAUAUAUGAAAUCCAAAGUCAUAGAAUAGUUGAAAAAAAAAUCUAUCAUGUGAAACGGGACCUUAUUUGUAAUUGAAGUUUUGACUUUUAUAUUAAUGUGUAUUUUGUUUUUUUAAAUCAGCUUUAUAGGUCUAUCCGCGUCCGUAAGUCGAGGUAGUUAACUCGUAUGGACUAUCUCGUAAACAGUAACACAGACAGAAAAACCUUAAAAAAAAUACAAAAAACGUCUGAAAAAUGCAAAAAUAGUAUUUAUAAUAAAAAUUAAGAUUUUUAUUUGAAGGGAUGGACGACUUGAUUGACUUGACAGUGAUGUGGGCGGAUAGAUCUUCAAAGUGUUGCCAUUUUCGGUUCGAUUUAAUUUAAACAAACGCUGGAAAUAUUAUUGUAAACUUGUGUGUCUUCGUCUGUAAGAUUCUGUUGAGAACAUUAUAUAUUUAUAAAUAUUUUUGUACUCAUUGAAUUUUUAUUUAUGAAAUAAAUAGUUAAAUACAA